AAGGUAAUGGUUGCUACUGUUCGCUGUGAUGAAAUUGCAAAUGAGAGGUUUGGCUGCCUAACCUCGGAUGCUGAAUGGCUAGAUUUGGAGAAUGAUGUACAGGCUGGUUCAGUACUCAGUUUUGGGAAAAAACUUGGAUCUAUUGUGGAGGUCCACAUGGAAGAGUAUGACAAAGAAGCUGUCUAUUUUGAUGAAGCUGUUAGGAAGUCCAAACGGCAACUGCUGGAAUCUAGAAUACUGAAUCUUGUCCAGCCUGCAUUCCAGAAAAAUUUGAGUCAUCUACGUACUAAGGCUCUUGAAAAAUUUAAAACCGGCCUUAAUCAAUCUCUUGAGAGUGGAAAAGGUUUCGCAGCAUCUGUUCGAGAAACUACUGAAUCCUCUCUCAGUGAAUUUAAUCAAGGGUGUGCAGAUUCUGUAAUCAAGCAGGCGGAUUGGGACUACUCUAAAACCCUAGAGAAAGUUCGGCGUGAUAUUGAAGACCAUGCACUUUCAGUUCGUGAAAGCAAGCUAACAGAACUAACAAAUCAUGCUAAGGAGAAACUAAGAAAAGCACUUGUUGAACCUGUGGAAUCUCUUUUUGAUGCCGCCGGCCAAACAACUUGGGCAUCAAUAGAAAGCCUCUAUAAACGUGAGACACAGGCCAUCCUGCCAGAGGUUUUUAAAGCUCUUUCUGGGUUUGAAAUGGGAAGCGAAUUCUCAGAAGAAAUGGUGUCAAAAUUAAGGGAUUAUGGUCAAAGCAUUGUGGAAAAUAAGGCUAAAGAAGAAGCUAGCAAAAUUUUGAUGCAUAUGAAGGAAAGGUUCACAGUGGUGUUUAGUCAUGACAAGGACUCAAUGCCAAGGACCUGGACAGGAAAGGAAGAUGUCCGUGCAAUAGCAAAGGAGGCUCGAUCUGCUGCUCUCAAACUUCUGUCUGUAUUAGCCGUCAUUCGCUGGGAUGACAAGCCAGAUAGGAUUGAAAACAUUCUGAUUUCCACACUUCUAGAUGGUUCUGUUGCGUCAAAGAGUUCAAGUGCUUCUUCUGGUGACCCGCUUGCUUCAACUAGCUGGGAAGAGGUUCAUCCAAAGCAUACGCUUAUUACGCCAGCUCAGUGCAAGUCAGUGUGGAAGCAGUUCCAAUCAGAAACUGAGUUCACCAUUACACAAGCAGUAUCAACGCAGCAAGCUCACAGGCGCGGUAAUGGCAGACUGCCUCCUCCUUGGGCGCUGGUUGCUAUGGCAGUUCUUGGUUUUGAUGAGAUCAUGAUGCUUCUGAGGAAUCCUAUAUACGUGUUCUUGCUAUUUGUGGGUUAUUUACUUGUCAGAGCUUUAGCAGUGCAGCUAGAUAUUGGCAGAGAAUUCCAAAAUGGAAUGGUUCCUGGGAUCCUAUCUGUUUCAGCAAAACUACUACCCACUCUGCAGAAUCUUCUAAACAAAGUCGCAACUGAUCAGCAGCAGCCGCAACAACAAGGGCAGCAGCACCGCCCUCCGGCCGCAGAAGCUCCGGAGGCGCAGCACCCGCCCCCCCCGCUACUCCUGAGCCCCAAAAGCUCGAUGAGUGAACUGCGGAGGCUGCACACGCCGCCGAGCCCGGUGCGCAGAUCGGUAUCGUCCCCGUCACACUCCUCGCCGCCGUCACCCAAGGCGUCGCCCCGCAAAGUGGCAGAGGAGCAGAAACCACCUGACAACGAGUCCAGCAGUGCUUACUCCAUAGUGUGAUCCCGGGAGGGGGGGUUUGAGCAUCUUCUUACCCCAACUGAAUGCAUAUAGCAAACGGUCUUGGUGAGUAUAUGCCCGGAUAGAAUAAUGUAGCACCCUUUCUCUCUUGCAAUUUUGUAAGGAAAGUUAUAAUCUGUAGAGUGGACAAGCAGCUGUCACCAUAUGACAUUUUCAUGAGCAUGUAUAGAACUAUAUACAAGCAUAGAGGAAGCUGCUCCUGUAAAGAAAUAUAAGAGCAUUUGGAUCACUACUUUAGUGAUCUAGACGCUCUUAUUGACACAUAGGACAUGUCCAGGCUCCAGUGACACGAUUCUGAACCGUAUUUUUUGCCGUAGUCCUGAUGUCAAUUCUUUUUCUUUUUUGAAGGAAAAUGUCCAUUCUUUUUUCAUGACAUAUACCUUGAUAUGUUAAUUAAUGCUUGUGAGAAGCAGGUUUCU